GGGAAGUCUCGCGAUGCGGUAGCCGGCUGCUCCUGCUGCGGGUGGUUCGGGCUGUUGCUGUGGUUGCCGGAGUUGCGGCGGCGGCGGCGGCGGCGGCGGCGCUGGCGCGGGCGGCGGCGCUGGCGCUGGCGGGGGUGGCGGCCCCGGCGGAUGUUGACAUUGUGUUGUUGUUCCUGCCCACGGUAAUGGCGGCGGUGGUGGCGGCGGCGGCGGCGACGGCGGCGGCGGCGGCCGGGACCAGGUCUCCUCAGUAGCCCGAGCCCACACUGCCGAGCGCCAGCUCCGCGGCCUCCGCGCCCGCCGCUUCACCAGCCGUUCCCCGCGGCCGCCCCAGAGCCAGGGCCCCGGGCGGGGGGCUCGCCGGCGCGGGAUGGCGGAUUUCGAUGAAAUCUACGAGGAGGAGGAGGACGAGGAGCGGGCCCUGGAGGAGCAGCUGCUCAAGUACUCGCCCGACCCGGUGGUGGUCCGCGGCUCCGGUCACGUCACCGUAUUUGGACUGAGCAACAAAUUUGAAUCAGAAUUCCCUUCUUCAUUAACUGGAAAAGUAGCUCCUGAAGAAUUUAAAGCCAGCAUCAACAGAGUUAACAGCUGUCUUAGGAAGAAUCUUCCUGUUAACGUGCGGUGGUUGCUUUGUGGCUGCCUGUGCUGCUGCUGCACGUUAGGGUGCAGUAUGUGGCCAGUUAUUUGCCUCAGUAAAAGAACACGAAGAUCGAUUGAGAAGUUAUUAGAAUGGGAAAACAAUAGGUUAUACCACAAGCUGUGCUUGCACUGGAGACUGAGCAAAAGGAAAUGUGAAACGAACAACAUGAUGGAAUAUGUCAUCCUCAUAGAAUUUUUACCAAAGACACCGAUUUUUCGACCAGAUUAGCGUUUGCUUUAUUUAUAGAGACUUUCCAAGUGUGUUGUCUUUCCAAUGGUGCCUUGCUUGGUGCUCUCAGCUGGUGACAUGGCGCUGGUUCUACAGAAUCGGGUGGUGGUCUUGUUUGUUUCGUUUUUUAAAUAACCGCAUGUUCUAUGUGUGCAUAUUUGUCAAACUUUGCAAGUUAUUUCAUACAGAUGUUUAAUACUUAAGUUAUUGUGCUCUUUUCUGUUAUAUAUUCUGAUUUUCAAGGAUUACUUUUUGUAUUCUCAAAAAAAAAAUACAUUCGAACUUAGCAUAAAAA